AUGGUGAGCUCCGACUUGUUCCAGCGCAUGUUUCGUCGGGGUUCCACCAGGAGCUCAUCGGUUUCCCCGCAGCCGGGAGAACAACCCCAGCUUUUACGACAAGGAAACUCAACCAACUUCAGAAGAUCACCGACUUCGGAAAGAGACAUACCACAUGCACAGAUUCCUUCUUGGCACCGGGCUGUCUUAGGCUCUCCUGGUAUCCGCCCCGAGAGCUGCAAAGUCAAGGGCUCUCGCUUUUCCGCGAGCCAACUCCCGGUGUUAGCUGAAGACCACGCCGCUCUCUUCACGAGUCUCAAUAAUGGUAGCGGGACGAAUACAGAGCUCAGUUCACAGGAAGAAAGCCCAUUCUUCACCAAGUUACCGCCCGAAAUCCGAGACAUAAUCUAUGUCUUUGCCUUUGGCGACCGGCGCAUUCAUAUGGACUUUGACUUUCAGGGCACAUCGACGAAGCGCGGACGAUGGGGAUGGUGGCAUCGGGUGUGCGACGAUGCAGACAACUGUCUUGCGAACAAAACGUUCGUCUGCGCCGAGACUGCAGCCGCUGAGGAGUCGAUGCUUCGACACGGGUCUGUCGCGUGGCUCAAGCAGGGUUUCGAGUAUUAUGUUUCCGCAGUGAACUGGCUGAGGUGUUGCAAAUUAGGGUAUUGCGAGACUUUACCCAUCUUAUACAGCACAAACACGUUCGUUUUUAGCCACGGGAUCGAUCAGCUCCACCGACUGAACAGAAUCCUGCCGUCUGCACAUCUCGCAAUGAUCACCUCGUUACGUGUCGAAAUAGACGUGUAUCGAGCGUGUAAAGCGAUCGUACCGCCGAGAAUGCACGAGGAGUUUCAAGACUUCUACCGCGGGUUCUUCAACAUUCUCGAGCGCCGCCUUUCGGGCUUGAAAGAGCUCUCAGUAGCAAUCGCGGGCCUGCCGAAUCCGAGGCAACGACUCGAGGGAGAGGAGACGGAAUGGAAAAGCGAGGAUGAAGACCAAUGGAUUGGGCCGUGGGAGCAGUUGGCGGCGAGUAGGAGAUGGAAAAGAUUAGAUAUUGCAGUGCCGGUGGUCUGGUCCGAUGAGCUAGAGGGGGUCGUGAAGAAGAGAGGCAAAUUGGAACAGUGUGACAGGUUCGAGCUGAGGAAGGGGGUGGACCCGUUUCAGAAGGGCUGGUGA